CAUCCAAGACGUGUCCUGCAAAUGCGACGAGAUGAAAACUCCCGUCUGCUACGUUAAAAACAUUUCAGCAUUGGCUUGCUCUCUAGUUCGUUAGAUAACUCUAAAGUUGAUUUGUGGCCGUUAUUUGAUGCGUUAACGUGGCUGUAAAGCCUUUUAUUGUGGCAGAGACAGCUGCAGUGAAAAUGGAUUGAUCCAUGCCGCCAAGGAAGCCAGGGAUGGAUUGAGGUGCGGAAGCUAGCGUUAGCCGGCUAGCCAUGGAGGGAGAAAGAGAAGCUUGUGACUGUAUUGUUAGCUUCUAUUCGGUAAAAUGAGUUGAUACAAGUUACUGACGUCUAAAACUAUCAAGUCCACGAAUGUAAGUGUUACUAAAGUGCGCCAGUGCCGUACUGCGCACACGCCCCGAAAAUGUCAGCUACCCUGCACAUAGCGCAGAUACACAAUUGGCUGUCAUUACGGAGUCAAUUCUUACCUGAAUUUGCCCGAUUUUUUACCUCGCAGGCAAACGCACAGUCUGGACGUGCCACUUAAACACUUGCACUAGAAAACACAACAUUAAAGAGAGUUUCUGGAGUAACACAGGACUAAUGUCAGACUCACUUCAUGAGCUACCACUUUUAAAGAUUCAACUUUUACACUGAAGCCCUGUAAGAUUAGCGCUUGGCACUACUUGAGUUGUAUGGGAGACAGCAUUGGCUGUAGCAGGACUGUUCUAGAUCAACCAUGGGAGGGUCUGUUUCUUGCUGCAUCUCCCCUGGGGAGAGUCCCAAAAUCCACAGGAGAGAGGUGGAGCUGGAGGAGUGUCCCAUCACCACCUGUGAGGAUGUGAGCGAGGAUACAGGGACAUACCUGCAGCACAUCAGUGACAGAGAGCUCCCAGAUGAAUUAGCCCAAGAGGCCAACCCAUCGGACCAUCCCAGAGCUAGCACCCUGUUUCUCAACAAGUCACAGACAGAUGUGCGCGAGAAGAGGAAAAGCAACUAUAUGAAUCAUCAGAUGUCCCCAGGCCUCCUGACCAAAAAGUACAGCUCCUGCUCAACGAUAUUCAUCGAUGACAGCACAGUGAGCCAGCCUAACCUCAAAAGCACGAUUAAAUGUGUUGCAUUGGCUAUAUACUAUCACAUAAAAAACAGAGACUCAAACCGCUCGCUGGAUAUAUUUGAUGAGAAGAAGCACCCUCUAUCGCGAGAAAAGGUACCAGAUGACUACUCUGUGAUAGACCCGGAACACAAACUUAUCUACCGCUUCAUCAGAACGCUCUUCAGCUCUGCACAGCUCACUGCUGAGUGCGCCAUCGUCACUUUGGUAUACCUAGAAAGACUUUUGACAUACGCAGAGAUGGACAUCUGUCCCUGUAACUGGAAGCGAAUUGUUCUUGGUGCCAUUCUGCUGGCCUCUAAGGUCUGGGAUGAUCAGGCAGUGUGGAAUGUCGACUACUGCCAGAUCCUCAAAGAUAUAACAGUGGAGGACAUGAAUGAGAUGGAGCGCCACUUCCUUGAGCUUCUUCAGUUCAACAUCAAUGUCCCAGCCAGUGUCUAUGCCAAGUAUUACUUUGACCUGCGCUCCCUGGCUGACGACAACAACCUUAGUUUCCCUUUGGAGCCACUGAGCAACAAGCGGGCUCAGAAACUGGAAGCAAUCUCUAGACUGUGCGAGGACAAGUACAAGGACCUACAUAAGUCUGCAAUGAGAAGGUCUGUCAGUGCGGACAACUUGGUUUGCAUCAAGAAAUCCCAGGCUGUGCUGUCCUAAGCCUGUGAUGACUAUCUUGGAUCUUGCAAGGAAAUGGAGCAACCCAUCAAGAGUGCAGUUAAGAGAUUCAAUGCAGUGAUCACCAAGAGACAGUUCAAAAGUAAAUGAAUACUGUUGCAAGUUGUUGAAUGACGAAGUUUGGGGAGAAACUAAAGACCAAAAGUUUACCAUACAAUAUCACUUAAAGUGUAAUGAGUCCAGUCUUUGUGUGUUCAAAACAAAGAACUUGAGUUAUCUGCCUUUAAAGCAUGGUAAUGUGGUGGAAAAAAUGCAGAUUUUCCAUUUUUUUAAUAAGGGAUGUUUAACUUUGGAGGGAAUCAGCAUGAAAAUGCAUCCAGUCACAAAUGACACAUACCAUUGUUUUUUUGUCAACCCUAAUGGGGAGUCAUUUCUCUGGCUUUGGCCAUCUUCUCAGCCCUAUCUUGUCUUUCAAUCACACGUUGACAAACUGUCUUGAGCUACCUGUGGUGUAGUUCUACACAUGGACAAAGAGUAGACUUUGUUUUGCUUACUAUGUAGGCCUCUAUAGCUGUGAAAUGUACAAGAUUUUAUUUAAUUCAAUAAACUAAAGUCGCUGUUUAAAGUUGAAGCUGCUAAGGUGGGGGAAAAGUGUUGUAGUGGUUUUUGUUUGCACAAAAUGACUUUGACUUUUGAAAAGAAGUCAAAACGACAAUGGCGAAUGAUGAAUUAUGCUUUCGUGUAAAAUCUAUGCAGUCCAAUUUGUUUCUUUUGACAAAUUAUCCUCUGCACCAUUUUUGUGUCAGGGUAAGAUAUGAUACAGAGCUUUCUCUCUGAAAGGGUUCAGAAAUGAAAUUUACCAUAAACCAAUACCUUAAAUAUAAACAGUUACAAUUCAUUAUUCCGGCCCUUAUUUAAAAAACAAUCCUUGAUGUCUUUCAUCAGUGUGUUUUUUUUUUCAACAUUCAAGCACUCAAAAUAAUAACCUCCAUUAAUUUAUGGGCACUCAUUGAUCUUAAGUAGCAAAACAGAUGAAAAAGAGGUGGGUCCUUUUUUGGAGGAGAUGCUUUUCUUAAACCAGGCAGAGUUAAAUAUUUUACUAAUAAUUCAAUCUAUAUGUGUGCCCAGGAUAAUGACCACCAUCACACAUUUUUUUGCUCUUUAAAGAGUCCAGAACCUCAACUAGGGGACCACAGAUCCAAUUUCAUUGGAUUAACUUUCCCUCAAUUAAACUGUACACUCAUUGAUUACUUUAUUCAACUGCUCAUCAAUACUAACACUGGCUGAGUAUAUGGCGACAGCUUAUGCAUUGAGCUGCGUUUUGCAUGAGGUUGGCUAAUCAGAUAUUUGUGUCAAUGAGCCAAUAAACAGGUUUACUUGAUAAAGUGAUCUGUGAGUGUAUAUACCUUUGAAGAGUAGUUGGGAAUGUUUUAAUAUGAAGUCACAUCAGUGUCUGUUGUAUGUUUUAUAUAGAGAUGCUAAAUAUUAGAGGCUCAAACAGUGUCUUGGCUUGAACAGAAUCUUUUACAUAAUGUGGUGCAAUAACAUACCUACACAUAAUAGGAUUAAAAUGUGAAUAACCCUGUCUUCUCUUUAGCUCCAUCUUCAUCAUGAAGUACAAAUCCAAAGACUCACUUUUAACAAAGCACCUUAGGCCAUUAAUGUAAAGUGGUUUCAUAGUGCAGUACUGUUAGAAGCACUCUAUCUACUGUCCUAUCUGCAAUAAGGGCAAAAGCCCCCAAAAAAUCUCAAUAAAAAGAAUCAUAUUGAUAGAUCUUGAUAUUAAAUUAGGAAAUCAAAGGCUCAACAUGUAUUAACCCCUCCUCUCUAAGGCCAGCCAUAUCGCUACAGGAUUUUAAGCCCAAUUUGAGGCAAGAUUUUCCUCCCCCAAUAAUUGUGGGGGGCGUAUCCUGAGUGGAGUCUCAUAGCAAACGAUUAUUUGUUCGAGUAAUCUGCAUUAUAGUGUCCUUAUUGUGUCGUAGCCUCCCAGACGCUAAAUCGCAAAUAUCAAACAUGUUUUAUUUUCACAAUCCUACAUCAUAGUGCCUCUAAAGGAGUACCUAUAUAAACCAAUAGAGCAAGCAGACAGGGUAGCGUCACCAGCUGGAUCACACGUGCUUUCAUGGCUCACAACCAUGAACACAACUACCUUUACUACAGCCAGGAUUUCAUCCUGAUUCUUUUCAUUGUUUUAUGAUUUUUGCUGCACCUGUAAUGCAAGCCUGUCGUGUAGGGAGAGCAAGCAAGCAACUUUAUUUAUAAAGCACAUUUCAUUACAGGGUUUGAAAACAUCAACAAUAAUUUCCACAAUCAUAAAAAAAACAAGAAAGCUUGUGAAAAAUCACAUCAGAGACAAGACAGAAAUUUAAAAAUGGGAAGGAUAACAGGAAAAAGGAGGGCAUGCAGCCACACGCAGACCACAUAAACACAGAGAAAUUUUUUGUAUGCUUUGGAGAAGAGAUAUAUAUUUUAAGUUUAGUUUUAAAUAAAGACACAGUAGUGACAAACCUCAGAUCUGCAGAGAAGUUGUUCCAGAGAAACGGACCACAGUAACUGAAGACUCCCUCAGCAGCCUUUGCUCUGAUUCUGGGUAUGUCUAAAAGACCUUCACCUGACUACCUGAGGGGUCAGGUGGGGUUAUAAAUGGUAAGCACGUCUGUACUGCACGGGUGCCGUUGGAGUGUUUUGAAGACUUGAGUGAUAUUGCCGUAUUUCCUAGUGUAUGUUGGACUCUGGCAGCUACGUUUUGAAUAAACUGUAGUUUACUAAGUGAUUGUUUUGGUAAUCUGGCAUACAGUGCAUUAUGGGGAGGGGAUGUCUGUGUUUGUUUAAAUGGUGCUGCUGUCAAUAUUCAAUUAAACUUGUGACAUGUAACAGUAACUUUGAAUUUCUGGUCAAUAGAUCCCUUUAAUUUCCCUCAGAAAUUUGGCAGCAUUCUGCAGUCUAUGUGAUCAAACUGAAAAGCAGCAGACCUCAUUUCAUGUGCUUUGCACUGAGAGGUUUCCAUCUAGCCACUCUGCCAUAA